CUAAAUAUUGUCUUAAAAAUAUUUUUCAGAUGACCAUUCCAGUAACCACCGGUAAGUUCUCGCAAAAUGGAGAGAGGAAAUGUACAAAGCAAUUUGGCCUUAACGCUUUGAAGUCUCCACUCCACGCCAUUCCGAUUGGAAAGAAGGAGGAAGGAGUGAUGGUUAUGUGGAAUAGAGCAAGCACUGAGCUCAGAAGAACAUGCAAAAGAUGGUUCUCAAGUGAAUCGACGCGAAGGACAUAUGCAGCGCUUUGGGGGAAUGGGGAUUUUGGGAGAUUGGGCUUGGGGAAUUUGGAUUCUCAGUGGAGGCCUAGGCUUCUUCCUUCCUCUGCUUUUGGAAAUCAAGGCCUCAAUUCUAUUGCCUGUGGUGGAGCUCACACCCUCUUCUUAACAGAAACUGGGCGUGUUUAUGCCACUGGUCUUAAUGAUUUCGGACAGCUUGGCAUAUCGGGCAAUUAUGCUUAUACUAUGGAGCCUAUUGAAGUUUCUGGGAUUAAGAAGGAAGUUGUGCAAAUUUCAGCUGGUUAUCAUCACUCUUGUGCCAUUACAGUGGAUGGGGAGCUCUAUAUGUGGGGAAGGAACUCAAAUGGACAGCUGGGCCUGGGAAAAAAGAGGCAAAGUGUAGUUCUUCUGCCAACCAAAGUAGAAUGGUUGAGUGGACUUGCCAUUAAAAAGGUUGCUUUGGCCUCUGAGCAUUCAAUUGCUGUUACUGAUGGAGGUGAGGCAUUAAGUUGGGGAGGGGGAGGUUCUGGACAACUUGGCCAUGGCAAUCGAUCAAGCAUCUUGGGGUUUUUGAGGAGCACCAGUGAGUAUACACCGAGGCGUAUUACAAAACUGGAGGGAGUUAAGGUUAAAAAUGUUGCUGCUGGGUUGCUUCAUUCAGCAUGCAUUGAUGAAAAUGGCGCCAUUUUUGUAUUUGGUGAAAGAGUAACCGGUAGAUUGAGUUUUGGAGAGAAAAAUAAUGCUGCAACACCAUUCAUGAUAGCUGAAUUCCCAUGGUCCAAAGAAGUUGCAUGUGGUGGAUAUCACACAUGUGUUGUCACAGGUGGUGGAGAACUUUAUUCUUGGGGAUCCAAUGAAAAUGGUUGCCUUGGUAUCGGUUCUACCAGCGCCUUUCAUUUGCCAGAAAGAGUUGAAGGUCCUUUCUUGAGAUCUCCAGUUGAACAGGUUUCCUGUGGUUGGAAGCACACAGCUGCAAUUUCUGUUGUACUUAUUACAGCUGUGUUUUAUAUUCAAAAUUCAGUGCAAGCACACCCCAUAGUUCUCCCUCCAAAAAUCCCUGUGAGAAAGCCUCUUAAGCACGUUAGUAUAGCCUUAUUUUCACAAAGUGAAUGAGACGGGGUAGCCAUUUGUUGAUUCUGAAUUUAACAUAUUAAACAAAAAUAUGAAAGGGAAAAAUCAUAAACUAAAAGGUAACAUAAAAAUAAAAUAAUGUGAAAAAGAAAAAAUCUACCCAAAUGGCUUCAUUUAUGACCUAAAAUUGGUUUCUAUGAAAUUUGUGGAGACUAAUUGCUCCCUGAAGAAGGAGAAGAUAAAGAACAACAAUGUGCAUAAAACCUAAUAGUUAUUGGCAAUAAUUAGAAAAAGCAACAGUAGCACUAAAGGUCAGAACCAUUGCCCAACCCAUCCCUCUCACAAAUUGAGUACAUCACCUCCUCUUUUCAUUGUGAUCACUAAAUUAUUUGUGCAAAAAACAUAGUUCUCUCUUCCAUUAGAGCAAAUCUAAGAAGGAAGAAAAGAUAAAUUGAAAGAUCUCUAAACAACCAAUAUUGGCCCCAGGGUGUAGUUAUGUGAGCUUAAACGUCUAUCCUGUCACCUUGAACGGCAUGUGGUCCUAGAGGAUGGGUCAAUGUUGGAACAAGAGACAAAAGAUUGAGCCAUGAUAUGAUCGUUAAAUGAUAUGGCAUGUGGUCUACAGAAUUCAAUAUGAUUAGUUAAAAAAAGAGACAAAAGGUUGAGUCAUGAUAUGGUCGAGGAGGAUUGUGUGUGGCUAACAAUAUUCAAGAUGAUUAGUUAAAGGAUAUGGCAUGGCAUGUAGUUAGAUGGGUUUAGGUUUUGUUUGAAGAGAUUCAGGGCAUAAAUAGUCAACCCAUUUAUGGAAUGCUCCAAAACUAAGCAGAUUGACCUGCUUAACCUAGUAUAAAUGCCAACAAUUCUUUUAAUCAAGUAAAUCUUGGUUAAACUCAAUAAAUUUUUAUAAUGUAUCGGUCCACUUAACAUGAACAAAUAUAUAUAUAUAUGUAUAUAUAUGACCUUGUAGUAAUAAAUAAAAAUCUUGUGAUUAUGCAAUUAAUGAAAAAUAAAUGUUCAGGUAAUUACAUACUUACAAGUUCUGUAAUAAAUUUAAUUUAAAGUUUUGGUCACAACCAAUCCUUUUAAUUUUGUUAUUCUCUAUACAACCUAUCAAAGAGGUGUUAAAUAACAUCAACAUGCCACAUCACAAAAUUGCUAACAUGUAAUAUUUUUGUUUAUUGUUAAUGUUAAAUUUGGGUCAAGGAGGAGUGCUUGUGGCCUAUACAAGGGGUACAUUAUCCAUUCCAUAAAUGACGUGGGAUUCAACACUCUUCACAGACAGAAUUUUAUUGGUGUGACAUAUUUAUGGGAGGCCCAACAUCAGAGAGCCUGAAAAGCUCUGAUACCAUGUUAAAUUUAGGUCAGGCCUAACUCAUCCAAAAACUAGUUUAAGGGAGAGGAGUGUUUAUGGUCUAUAUAAGGAGCACAUCACCCUUUCUUUAAUCGACGUGGCAUUCAACAGUUAAAAUUAGAAUAAUAAAUACGAAUGAAGAAAAACAACACAGUAAGAUUUAUGUAGUUUGGCUAUGAGUCUACGUCCAUAGACACAAAACCUUCGAGGCUACUUCUUUAUUCAAUUGUUUGUUUGUUAGUUUUUUUUUUU